UUCACUUUCUUUCUUCUAUUGCAUAGUAUAGUAUGACUCUUCCUCCAUCCUUAUCGGAGCCGCCCUCACUCUCCGACUCAUUCUCGCCGUUAAACCCAGCCCUAGCCAUGGAUAGUCUUCAAGCCACUUACAAAGACGAAGAAGAUGAAGAAGACGAGCCGCAGCCUCAACCACCACCAACCACCGCCGAUUCACCUGAAGCCCCUCCCGCCACCACCAGCACACCCUCCGACACCCCAACCGAACCCCCGAACGACGCCCGAUCGGAGCCCGAGCCCUCCGAAGAUCUCUCCGAGGACGAGGCCGCCUCCGACGGCUCCAAGAAAUCCCCCAAAUCCGGCCGCGAAGAAGGCGACGCCUCCGACGAGGACCCACCGCCGAAGAAGCAGAAGCAGCUCUCCUCUCUGACGGAGGCAACGAAGGAGGACUUGGUAGCGCCGCAGGAUGGCACCAACAACGCGGCGGCGACGCCGGCAACAAAUGGCGCGGCGCCGAAGAAAUCGAAAAAGAAAAACAACAACGUGUGGGCGACGAAGUCGACGCGGAAGGGGAAGAAGAAAACGAAUCGGAACAACAACAACAACAACAGCAACAACAACAACAACCACAACCACCACGCGAACGGCGAGGACAACGUGCUGAUAACGCCGGUGCCGCGGUUCCCGGACAAGAGCGACGACACGGAGGACAUGAAGAUUUGCCUCUCGAAGGUGUACAAAGCGGAGAAGGUGGAAUUGAGCGAGGACAGAAUGAGCGCGGGGAGCACCAAGGGUUACAGAAUGGUUAGGGCCACGCGCGGGGUGGUGGAAGGCGCGUGGUACUUUGAGAUUAGGGUUGUGAAGUUGGGAGAGAGUGGGCACACGCGCCUCGGGUGGUCGACUGAGAAGGGUGAUUUGCAGGCGCCGGUUGGGUACGACGGGAAUAGCUUUGGGUAUAGGGAUAUUGAUGGGAGUAAGAUUCAUAAGGCUCUUAGGGAGAAGUAUGGAGAGGAAGGGUACAAGGAAGGGGAUGUUAUUGGUUUCUAUAUCAAUUUGCCUGGUGGGGAACAGUAUGCCCCUAAAUCAUCUCAAUUGGUUUGGUAUAAGGGCCAGAGAUAUGUUUAUGCACAAGAUUCUAAGGAAGAUCCACCCAAACUAGUGCCUGGAAGUGAGAUAUCAUUCUUUAAAAAUGGCAUAUGCCAAGGUGUAGCUUUCAAGGAUCUUCACGGUGGUCGUUACUAUCCUGCUGCUUCAAUGUUUACUCUCCCCAAUGAACCAAACUGCACGGUGAAGUUCAACUUUGGUCCCGACUUUGAGUGUUUUCCUGAGGAUUUCAAUGAACGGCCAAUUCCCAGGCCAAUGAGUGAAGUUCCUUAUCUUGGUUUUGACAAUAAAGUUGAAAAUGAAGAGUCUAACGAGAAGAAAUCCCAGAAAGAGUGAUGUGGGUUGCAUUUAUUGUCAAGUAUUAAAAUUGAUUGUCUUCUGUAAUGUUAGUUGGUAUUUAAGUUGAUUCACAAAUGAUUAGAUUAGUGGUGUAAACUUCUGAUAGAGAAAUUUGGUCACGUGAAAUACAUAAAAUUUUCACGUGUUCAAUUAGAUAUUUUGUAGUUUCCUACAUUCUUUGGUAUUUUUUCUAUUCGACUUGCA